GUCCUGGAUGGAGGCAGUCUCUUAAGGGUGCUGUCAUGGGCUCAUGGAAAAACGAUUACCAGGAGAAGAUCUAAUUGAUAUUAAAGUUGAAGUCAUAGAGGGAGAAGAAGAGAUGUGUGUGGUGGGAGAUGAGCAGUGUAAGGAAGAGGAGAUUCCUGUAGAUACCAGCCCAGAUGGAUGCAGUAAGGGAAAUCCAUUAGAGAGAUGUCCUAGUCCUCUGUAUACCUGUCCAGAUAAUAAUCAUAAUGUCCCACAUGAUCAUCAGGUUUGUAUCAAGGAAGAGAUAAAUGAGGAAGAAGAGGCUCUACCUGUGGCCAUGAAUUACACAAACUCUAACUGAUGUCCCUACUGAUUACGGAUACAAAAGAAAAAUUUCCAUGCACAAAUCUACAGAAGAAACCAGCACCACCCAAAGUAUACAUCCUGGACUUUAUAAAGAACCUUCUCCUCAUACUGUUAAUGAUCAGAGGGCACACAUAGGCCAGUUCCCUUGCUCUGAACAUAGGAACUAUUUUUCCCAGAAGGGUGAUCGUUGUAAUCCCUUUAAGAUCCAUAAAGGCUUGAGGCCAUUUUCUUGUUCUCAGUGUCGGAGAUGCUUUACCUGCAAAUCAUCCCUUCUACAGCAUCAGAGAAUUCACACAGGAGAGAGGCCAUUUUCCUGUGGGGAAUGUGGAAAAUGUUUUACCAAGAAAUCGACUCUUGCUCAGCAUCAGAGAAUUCACAAAGGAGAGAAGAUAGUUUCCUGUCCAGAAUGUGGAAAAUGUUUUUGCAACAAAUCAAAUCUUGCUGACCAUCAGAGAACUCACACGGGGGAGAAACCAUUUUCAUGUUCGGAAUGUGGGAAGUGUUUUGCUCACAAAUCAAAUCUAAGUAGACAUGAGAGAAGUCACAUAGGGAAAAAACCAUUUUCUUGCUCUGAAUGUGGAAAAUGCUUUACCAAGAAAUAUCUUCUUGUUCAGCAUCAGAUCUGUCACACUGGAGAGGGUCAGUUUUCAUGUCCAGAAUGCGAAAAAUGUUUUUCCACAAAAUCAAGCCUUGUUGAACAUCAGAGGAGUCACACAGGGGAGAAGCCAUUUCCUUGUUCAGACUGUGGGAAACGUUUUGCCAACAAAUCAAAUCGUAAUAGGCAUGAAAGAAGUCACAAGGGAGAAAAGCCAUUUUCGUGUUCGGAAUGUGGGAAAAGUUUUACUAAGAGAUCAGGUCUUGUUCAGCAUCAGAGAAGUCACACAGGGGAAAAGCCAUUCAUGUGUUCAGAAUGUGAAAAAUGCUUUUCCACCAAAUUAAGUCUUGUUGAACAUCAGAGAAUUCACACAGGGGAGAAGCCAUUUUCAUGUAUAGAAUGUGGGGAAUGUUUUACCAAUAAAUCAAAACUAGUUAUACAUCAGAGAAGCCACACAGGGGAGAAGCCUUUUUUAUGUUUGAAAUGUGGGAAAUGUUUCACCAAGAAAUCAAAUCUUGACAAGCAUCAGAAAAUUCAUGCAGAGCAAAAACUAUUAUUUUGCUUGGAUUGUGGGCUUCAUUUCACAAAGAAAGCAGAACUUGUUGAACACUCUAGAAUUCACACAGGAGAUAGGCCGUUUUCAUGUGCAGAAUGUGGGAUAAGCUUUACCCGGAAAUCGGUUCUUGUUCAUCAUGAAAAAAGUCACACAGGAGAGAGGCCAUUUACAUGUUCUGAAUGUGGGAAAUGUUUUGCCCAUAAAUCAUAUCUUCUUCAGCAUGAGAGAAUUCACACAGGAGAGAAACCAUUUUCUUGUUUGGAAUGUGGGAAAUGUUUUACCAAAAGGUCAGGUCUUAUAAGACAUCGGGAGAUUCACACGGGAGGGAAGCUGUUUGAAUGCUUAGUGUGUGGCAAAUGUUUAACCCAGAAAUCAGGACUUGUCAGACAUCAGAGAACUCACACAGGGGAGAAGCCAUUUUUGUGUUCAGAAUGUGGCAGAUGUUUUACACAGAAAUCAAAUCUGGUUGAGCAUCUUAAAAUUCACACCCGAGUGGAAGACAGUAUUGAACCCGGUUGGGUUGGAUUAAUCUAAAUUUUUUAUUUGCACAUUUUACAAACCCUGUUUAUAAAACCAUUUUUCUUAUACCCUGUUGGGGAAUUCUGAGUUAAUAAAGGGGUGGGGGCAUCUCUAUUCAGGAUCCCCAUUUGUUGUCAAGAGACAAAGGGCAUGUUCACACUGAGUUUUUUCUGUGCUGAAAAAAAACAAACAGGGAAUUAAUUCAGGAUUCCUUGUGGAUUUUUGGAUGCAGUUUAUAUUCUGUGAGCGGUAGCUUUCUUUCCGGGGAUCAUCCUCACAAAUACCUUCGCAGACAACAGGUUUUCAUGUCCCAACUCGUGCUUUAUUGCGACACAAGCAGAAAACAAACGAUACAAAACAAAAUGAAAGCCUGCCCGGCUAGGCAAUACCUAAACACAGUAUAUCCGUGACUCACCUAAGUCACCGUUCACACACACGUGAACCCAUGCGGCUUUCCUCAGCCUAAUGUCAAUCAGCCUCCUGGCUGUUACCACACCGGUGUCUUUUGGGGG